GACAUCAGAGCCAAUGUGCGGCAAGUGCAUGGGGAUGCACAUUUGGGUCUCGAGCGAGCUCGUUUGCGAGUCUUUGGCAACAGUCUGCGCUGCACAGAUUUUAGUCAUCUGAUAGGGGCCAGCCGAGUUGGUCGCGCUUCUCCUUCAGAGACAAGCAGCACAGGUGCUGAUGCAGAUAUUUGCCACAAGUGGCGGCUGGGAAUCUUCGAGAAUUGUCGCGUUUGGUUGCGACAAGAGGAGCACUUGACUUUGAUUGAAGCUGCUGUCUUCGCUUCGCGGACGUUCCCACAUGCGCUUUUCGACUAUGUGUGGUCCACUUUGCUGGCCUUUCUUGAAGAGCGUGGGGAGUCGAAGUGUGCACAAAAUCUGGUAAAGUACUACACUGAUCAGAACCGCUCAGCUUUGGACGCUUCCUGGCGCAUU